AUGCCAAAACGCCACUAUAUUCGACGCCAGGUUCAUCAGCAGGAACCACAUAUUUUCGAUCUUUACCAAAAACCUCGGUUCGACGAUACUAUUAGAAAAGAAGAAUUUCGUAUAUAUACACCUUACAUCAAGUCAUUUAAUAAUAGUGAUGUUGUCGAGUUUAUCAUAAAUCAAUCAGAUGCAUUUUUUGCGAUACACGACACACUUUUAGAAAUUAAAGGAAGUAUCAAGAAAGCUGGUAAUGGAACUGUUUCUCUUGCGCCGAAUGCUGGAUCCUUCUUGUUUGAUACCUGUACAUACAUCCAAAGUUCACAUGACAUGGAAAUAGUUCGAGAUCCAGGUGUAGUCAGCACUAUUCGCAGUUUGUUGUGUUAUACACCUGAAGAUUCUAAAUUUCUCAGUACUGCAGGAUGGAACUAUCCGAAUUAUCCACAUUUAACAGGGGACGCCUUUAGUUUACUGAUUCCAAUCAAACAUAUUUUCAACAUUUUCAACGAUUACACUAAAUUAACCUAUGGUCGUCAAGUGUUUCGCUUUGUUCGAGCGCGUAAUGAUAAAGAUUGCAUUGUUGUCCAAGAACCUACUGGUUCCACGACGGUAACAACAGUAUCAUUAACCAUCGCCAGCAUGGAACUCAAGGUCAAACAUGUCUUUCCCAAUGAUGAUGUGAAAAUCGAAUUAAUGACUCCGAUUAAGAAUAAUACACCGAUAACCAUACCUUUCCGUAAAUGGGAGCUCAAUGAACUACCUUCACUUACGGCAGGAUCUCGACGAGAGAUAUGGAGUGUAAAGACAACUUCAGCUGUUGAACGUCCACGCUACGUUAUUGUAGCUUUUCAAACUUCUAAACGAGAUGAUAUUCACGCUGAUCCGACGCUAUUCGAUCACAUUAGAAUGUCCAGCGUACGAGUGGUUAUUAAUGGUGACUAUUGGCCUAACGAGAGAAUGCAAUUGGAUUUCACAAAAAAUGAUUACGCUAUAGCUCACUACAAUUAUACUGAAUUCUUUCCCAGUUAUGCUCGUUCGCUAACAAAACAUCCCAUCUUAGAUUACUCUGCAUUUAAAAGAUAUGCUUUGUUUGUUUUUGACUGUUCCAAGCAGGAUGAUACAUCGUUUAGAUCCGGAACUGUCGAUGUUAAGUUGGAAAUCGAAGCAGAUGAAGGUUUUCCAGCAGGUACUCGAGCUUACUGUUUAAUUGUUCACGACAGCCUACUCGAAUACUUUCCACUAACUGAAGUUGUCAAAAAUAUAAUUUAA